AUGGUAAUAAUAAUAAAUACGGUAUACCUGCAAAGUGGACCCCGGCAUUCGCUCUUCUUGCUUGUCUCCAUCGCGGUAAUCUUUUGGGUCGCUGAGGCCUGGGCAAGGGUGCCAGGCCCUGAUGUUUCAACCUCACACUCCCAGCCUAGUCCCGAUGCGCUGCAGAUCCUGGAGCCGUUGUUUGAGAUAUGGACAGAGAGAGAGAUGCCGAUGGUCUAUGACUCUAUUCCUGCUUUGGUUUGGAAUUUUGGGUCUUUAAUUAUAAUUCCUGGUUCCGAAGGCUGCCGCUUUCUAGAAAUUCGAUUCGCAGUAUUGACCUGUGCCAUCCCUGCAGUCGUCUUGGAAUUCCAAAGUUUCGUUCAUCGAAUUAUUUUGGGAUUGCUUUACACAUCGUUCAGGCGACAGUGCUCUGUAUACACACAGGAGUAG